CCAUACUAAGCUGCGCGUCGGGGCGGUCGAGUACACGCGGAAUCAGCGGAGCGAGUGCUGAGUCGGUGCCGCUGCCGGCUUUCCUCUUACCCCGGACGCUGGGAGACGCUUUAGGGCCGCAGAGGCUUGUGGGGCAGCCACGAAAUGGAGGCGAACGGCAGCGGCAGCAGCAGUGACUCUGCUCCUGACUGCUGGGAUCAGGCGGACGUCGAGACGGGCAGCGGCGCCAGCCCAGGUUCCGCCCUGCCAGCUGCGGAGGCCGAGGCCCAGCAGGAGCUGCUCGGGGCGGCGUUCAGCCGGCAACUGAACGUCAACGCCAAACCCUUCGUGCCCAACGUCCACGCCGCCGAAUUCGUGCCGUCCUUCCUGAGAGGGGCUCCGGCGCCCGGCCUGCCGCCACCAUCGCCCCCGCCCGGCUUGCCGCCGCCCCACGGUUUACCAGUAGAGUCUUCUCCAGAGGAGCAGGCAGCCUCUUAUGAAGGUUCAAAUGCUGCUGUUAACAUGGAAAUUUCAGAAUCUGUUGUGGAAAAUGGAGAGACAGAGAUGUCCCCGGAAGAGUCGUGGGAACAUAAAGAAGAAACAAGUGAAGCAGAACUAGGAAGUGGUCCAGUAGUGGAUGCAGGACCUUCAGAAGAAAGCACUCAGGAAAUGAUGGAAGAGGAGGAGGAAAUACCAAAACUGAAAUCUGUGGUAGCACCACCAGGUGCUCCUAAAAAAGAGCAUGUAAAUGUAGUAUUCAUUGGUCAUGUUGAUGCUGGCAAGUCAACUAUUGGAGGACAAAUAAUGUAUUUGACGGGGAUGGUGGAUAAAAGAACGCUUGAAAAAUAUGAAAGAGAAGCUAAAGAAAAAAACAGAGAAACCUGGUACCUUUCAUGGGCUCUGGACACAAACCAAGAAGAACGUGACAAGGGUAAAACAGUAGAAGUAGGUCGUGCCUAUUUUGAAACUGAGAAAAAACACUUCACUAUUCUAGAUGCUCCUGGGCAUAAGAGCUUUGUUCCAAAUAUGAUUGGUGGAGCUUCUCAAGCUGAUCUUGCAGUGCUGGUUAUUUCUGCAAGAAAAGGAGAGUUUGAAACUGGAUUUGAAAAAGGUGGACAAACAAGAGAACAUGCCAUGUUAGCAAAAACAGCAGGUGUAAAACAUUUAAUAGUUCUUAUUAAUAAAAUGGAUGAUCCAACUGUAAACUGGAGUAAUGAAAGAUACGAGGAAUGUAAAGAGAAAUUGGUGCCAUUUUUGAAGAAAGUUGGCUUUAAUCCCAAAAAAGAUAUUCAUUUCAUGCCCUGCUCAGGACUCACUGGAGCAAACCUUAAAGAACAGUCCGAAUUUUGUCCUUGGUACAUUGGAUUACCAUUUAUUCCAUAUCUGGAUAACUUGCCAAACUUCAACCGUUCAGCUGAUGGACCAAUCAGGCUGCCAAUUGUGGAUAAAUAUAAGGACAUGGGCACUGUGGUCCUUGGAAAGCUGGAAUCGGGCUCAAUUUGCAAAGGACAACAGCUUGUGAUGAUGCCAAAUAAGCACAACGUGGAAGUUCUUGGAAUCCUUUCUGAUGAUGUAGAAACUGAUUCAGUAGCCCCAGGUGAAAAUCUAAAGAUCAGACUGAAGGGAAUUGAAGAGGAAGAGAUUCUGCCAGGAUUUAUUCUCUGUGAUUCCAACAACCUGUGUCAUUCUGGACGCACGUUUGAUGCCCAGAUAGUGAUAAUAGAGCACAAAUCCAUUAUCUGCCCGGGUUACAACGCUGUGCUGCACAUCCACACCUGUAUUGAAGAAGUUGAGAUAACAGCCUUAAUCUGCUUGGUGGACAAAAAAACAGGAGAAAAAAGUAAGACACGGCCCCGUUUUGUGAAACAAGAUCAAGUAUGCAUUGCCCGUUUAAGGACGGCAGGAACUAUCUGUCUUGAGACAUUCAAAGACUUCCCUCAGAUGGGUCGCUUUACCUUAAGAGAUGAGGGUAAGACCAUUGCAAUUGGAAAAGUUCUGAAACUGGUUCCAGAGAAGGACUAAGCAUUUUUCUCAAUGACCCCCACAUAAUACUGUGAGGAAAAUCGACUCUACAAAAGCCUACUUCACACCGCCUUCUUAUUUUCUGCCCAUUUAUAAACUUCUCCCCAUAUUUUGCAAAGACAAAUUUCACAGCAAAGGUCCACAUUAUGUCAGCUUUCUCAUAUUGAGAGCUCUGCUAUGCCACUGAAUUUCCCCCCAAAUUUUUUUUCUCCCAAAUUCUGCUUCCUUGGAAAGAUUCGGCAAUAGCUUUGUAGUCAUGUGGACUUAAUUGCCUAUAAUUAUGAAAUUCAAAUGGAUUUUUAAUGUUUAAUUUCCCCUGACAUAUAGAGACCUUUUUUUUUUUUUUUCCAGGCAGAUAAUUCAGAGUAUGCGAGUGUGUGUGCACAUGUUACAAAGAUGACUACCAUGUUAAUAAAAACUAUUCAAUUUGAAAUCUUUUUCAGUAUUUGAAUUGCUUUUGAAUAAUGUUUUUUAUCCAGACAGUUGCAUUAGCUUUUUAACCAUUGAGUAACGUAGAUAUUUGGUUACUUGGAUUUUUCUAAACUUCUCAGCCUCCCACAUGCACAGUUUUAAAUGAGGCAAUUAGGCACUUGACCAAGUUUGUAAUUAUAAAGAAUUCAUUUUUCCCCUUUCCUUUGCUCGGUGCACCCUUAAAAUUAAAAACAUUUGAGCUAAUGUGGCACUUCCUUUAGUUUUACAUUUAUGUUUUCAGCGAACUUAAGUUGACUUAACAUCACUAUUAGAUACAGUCAGUUUUGCAGACUAGAACUACAUAUUGUCUUUAUAAAAAAAAUCAGCAUUUUAAGAUUCGUAUCUGCAGAGAGUUCCAACAGCCAGUAAAUCAGUGAAACUGCAGAAAUGAAAAUUGGUGGCAAUAGUCCUGCUGUUAUUUGCAAGAGCUGCAUUCUUGUGGGAAAACUGGGCCAAUUAAAAUGUGCCAGUUAUGUAAGUUAUUCAGUUUGUCCGGCCUUUAAUUUACAGGGUUGGGUAAUCCUUGCUGUUUUACAAUUCAGUUGGAAGGAGAAAGACUAUUUAAGUUGCCAGGAGUUUGCACGUACUGAAAUAUGGGAGAAUCAGAAUCAAUCUUGGUCUGUAAUUUUUUUGCAUAUAAAAAAGCAGUGUAAGCUCAUGAGGACCAGUGACAGUUUUUCUUGGGAAAUUAGAAGUGAGACUGGUUCAGUGUAAAUCUUACUCAGUGAAACUUGAAGGAACUGCAGAAUUAAACCCUAUUUAGCUGCACUUUUAAAAUGGACUGUCUACAAUUGCUAUCCUGUUUCUAACGAUCAGGAUGAAGGCUGAUUUCCUUUUUUAAUUUCCCAGAAUAUUAGUAGGAAGUAGUAAAAAGGUAUAUUCAGAGCUUCUUCAGAAGGCCUUGAACACUUUCAGUUGUGUAAUUGUGGCGAGCCCACCCCAUUUCCCAAAAGUUCACAGUUAAGGAACUGUAUUUGAAUUUAUAGAACUCAGAACUGAAACAGAUUUACCCUUUUUGGGUUUUUUUGGUUUGUGGUUUUUUGUUUUUAAUUUUUUUUUGUUUUUGUUUUUGUUUCUUUGUAACUGAGGAAUUCUCACUCAUUUCACUUAGAGUUACAUUGUAUGGACAGAAGUUAUUGUCCUUCAGUUUCAUAUGAGUACCCUUGUAGCUGCCGUAAUGCAUGGAAUUGAAAUAAAUUUUAUUAUGUCUGCAAAUCUCUGGGCGCUUUUUUUUUGUUGUUGUUAGAUCAGAGUUUAAAAGUACUUUAUUUUUCCCCCCUACUAAAUGCACAGAAGCUGUAAUUCCUUCUCUCUUAAACUAAUGAAGAAAUUAAAAGCCAAUGAAAAUGACUCUUGUUCUUAUUUUGGAUUAACUUAAGAGUUCUACGAGUCUUGUAUUCCUUUCUUGAAGGAAACUUGUGAAUUUAAAAUUUGCUGCUGUUAGUGGAGAACAUGUAAUUCCUAAAUUGCUGGAACUCUGACUUUAUUUGUUGUUAAGAUGCUGAAAUGCAUUUCAAGACUAUGUGAUGCUCCAGUGGAAUUUUUCUCUUUACUAUAAACUUAAUGAGGAUUUCUAAAACUUCGUUAUAUUGGGGCUGGAGUUUGUAUUUAUUAUCAAAAUGAAAAAUGAUCUGGUGGUUGAAAUGCCAGCAGGUAGCAUCUCUUAGCAUUUCCAUAGCUCAUCUAGUGCAUUUGGUUACCACUUCCAUAAAUGCAGUUAACAUCACUGCACCUGGAAAAGGAAAUUAAAUUAUUUCAAGUUCAUUAACAGAAUCUACACUUUGCAGUUUGAUUUACUGUGCUGUGUUAGGUUUAUAUUUGAGUAUAAAAUACGCUGUAUAACAUAUUGAUAUGGAAAUGUAUAGAUCUACAAAGAUUGCCUGCAUCUUAAAUAGAGGAUCUAAGAAUACAUUAUAUACUGUAUAUAUAUACAGUAUAUGUAUGUAUAUACAGUAUAUUAUAUUGAAUAAUUACGGAUUCAGAUUUGUUUCAUUACACCUCCAUUCUACACUUUAUAGAUUCAUCUUUUACAGUGGUUGAGUUGAGCGGGAUCCAGAUGAAAGGUGCAGCUUUGUUUGAAAUAUUUGCUGGCUACUGAUUCUCUGAUGUGAUUUUUUUUGUUUUGGUUUGUAAUUACCAUUCUGGACACUUCCUUGUAUCACAAUGUGAUGCUCUGCUUUUAAGGUGGAAAAGGAGAAAAAAAAAAUAAAAAAAUGUUGGACUGAAGCUACAGGGAACCCUGGGACUGCUACCAUUGCAGCUGUGCUAUUAUCUGUGAUACCAGCAGAGUAUUUCUGGGUCCUGGGCUGUGACUUAUACCAGCAAAACUGUGAAGAAGUUUCUGCAGGAAGGAAUGACUUGAGAUUUUUCCCCCAGUAUAAUUGCAUUUGUAUACAAUAUUUGUGCCUUUGUAUGCAGUGUAGUACUCAUCAGGAUUGCAGCUAUUUUCCCUCAUCAUUGGCCGAAGUGUAUAGUAUAGAUAUGGCUUCAGUGUACAGCCAUGAUGUAAAUUACAAAAGCAAACAGUGACAAUGUAAAUUAAGUCCCUGUAUGUCAUUUAAAUGGAAGUCUUGAUAUAUGUAACAAUUACUCAAUUUUGAAGUGUGCAGCUGUACUAAUCUAUAACAUGAAAAUUACUUGUUUCUACAACUUGCAAGAAGUGAGGGACACUAAAUGGAGCGAUGAGUGCAGCAAUCAGUUGACUAGCACGGUCAUUGCCCAUCCGCCUGAAAUCAUUCCAAAUACCUGGUCAUCUUUGCAAACAAUUGGGAACUAACAUACAAAUGUAUAAUGGUACUGGUUUCCUGGGACACUUGUUCUGGUAGUAAACUGUAUUCUUAAACAGUAUGCUAUUGAUGAUGGUAUAAUAGUGUUGUAAGAAAUAUGGCUGCUCUAAAGAGGUUUAUCCAUGGAGAUAUUUGUUGAUUGUGAACUUCAUGCCCCUAUACAAAUGUUUUUCAUGGCAUAAAGGCCCAGCAGAUUGCUCAAUGAAGAACCUCUGGUUUAACCUAAUUACGGUACUAGUCCAUACGAACUUUUAAUUAUGUGAAAUGUGUUUUUAUGAGUGUUUAUUAAUGAAUAUUAUUUAAGAAAAAAAAUUGUUUCCAUUGUCCCAAGUAUUUGAUUCUGUAUUACUCUGGCCUUUCUGUUCUUAAUGCAGAGUGUUCAAAUGAUGAUGUUAAAGCAGAUGAAAUGUACUCCAGAAAAGACUGUCUUCUUCCUGAACUAAAACUUAAAGGCUCUUAGUUAUUCUGCUGUUUUUGUAUGCCCUGCAGAGGAUUUGCUAAAGAAAAAUAUACCAACAAAACUGGAGUUACUACUGAA